ACGGCAUCGGCUGUAAUAUUACUUAUAUAAUUAUUUUAGUAAUAACUAAUAAUAUCUGUUAACAGAUUGUUGUUAUUUAAUACAGUGGAAAAUCCCUAUAGCUUCAUCAAAAUAUCAAUAACCGCCAAUCCGAAAAUGCAGAAACGUCAGAAUUAGACGCUGUCGCACAUAUUAAUAACACAUUCGUUUACACGUGUGCACGUCAAUCUUUUUUUUGCCUACAACAAAUAUUGUUUUCUGUUAGUUGUUACUUGUUACUUAUAUUACUGCAGUCGUCUCAUUUUGGUCUAAACUUGAAAUAUAUUCCGUUUUUACUUACGAGUGAGUUCAUUUUGCGUCCAUCGUACGCGCACAGUUCGUUUAAUAAUAUAGUUGAUACGCCGUAAUUCGUCUAGAGUCAAGUGAACCUGCUGUGGAAAAAGGAAUCAAGGCACCACCACACAUUUGGUUUCAGAAGUUAAUGUUGCAAUAUGUGGACGGUUGUGCUGUUUGAAACUGACAACACAGUUAAUGUUGUGCCUAACUUUUGGUAUUCAAAUGGUAUAUGCCAAUGGCCUAAGAGAAAUCUUAGAACAGAUACAAAAAAUAUGAUAAAACGUCGUUCAAAGCCUGAUGAAGUUACUUUUAGCAGUUAUAAAGCACGUCCAUUGCUAGAAAAUAUUAAUAGUUACGUUGAAGCGGAAGCUAAAGCUAUUAAAGCACAAGAAACCUCCGAACUGUCUUCAAAUGAUGAUGAUAAAAACACUAGAAAACUCAGAAAAAUAAAACAAAUGUCUCCACCAAUCACAAAAAAGUUUAAAGAUAAAUCUCAUUUACCAAAAAUUCCUGUUUUUGAUGAACAACUGAUGACAACUGAUGAUAAUGAUGGAUCAACUGAUUAUGAUUCUGAUGUGGAGAAAUUAUACAAGAAAAAAACUAAAGAAAGUACUGUUCCUUUCAGUCAAUUAUUUAAGGAUAAUAGUUAUUAUGACAUGUCUCCAGAAAAUGGGCGGUAUAACAUUGACCAUCAAGAACCAUCAACAUCGCAAACUGCCGUCUCUUAUGGUUCAGGAAGUAAGAAAAAAAAAACACAUCCCACUUCUAGUUCUGAUCAGUUAAAUAAAAACAUUGAUUACUCAGUCCAACCAAUAAUUUCACCGUCAAGUGCUAAUAAAUCUACAGAUGAAAGUGAUCAAGCAUUCAGAAAAUGUGUUAGGCGGUCUUUGGCCAACCUAAAAUAUGAUUCAGAACAUUUUCACAAACGAUUUGAUGCCCAAGAAUCAUUGUUGGAAAAAAUAUUAGCCAAGUUAGAUUCUCAAGAAUCAAAAGGGUCAGCUAUGGUCUAUAAUGAUUAUAAUGAUGUGGAUUUAGAAGUUAUUGACAACGAUGAAGAUCUAAACAAUAUGGAAGAAAAGCUGAUUAAUGAUAAACCAUACAGAAAUGCAGUGAUUAUAUUACUAUCUCGUUUUGUGGGAAAUACAUUGUCAGAAACAAUACGAAAAAUAAUGCAGCGUCUGUUCACUGACCAAUUUCUUUCAAAAUAUUCUUUUGUUGGAUUUAAGGGCAAACAUCAGUUUUCAACAUUGCAGUGUUGUUCCAUCAUAUAUGAUAUUGUUCGUAAAAUGAAGAAUUUUAAAGAUACAGCUAACAUUGAUAUUGAAAAACCCAUUAAGAACUGGAUGGCCCAAGCAACACCAAGAAUGAAAAAAAUGGCUGAAAAAUCUCUGCAAAUUAAUCACGAUCCUGAUAAUUCAAUUGAUAAUAAUAUUUAAACAUAUAUUUGUAUAUUAGCAUAUAAGAUUUUGUUAAAACAUUAUUUUUACCUACUGCAGUGUUUUUAUUAUUUUAUUAUUUUAUUAUAAUAUAAAUGUUAUUUUAUUCAAAUUUAUGUAUAUUAAUACUAGACCAUAUUUAAGUUUUGUUUAAACAUAUAUAUUCACUUGCAGUAUAUAGUUUAU